GAGACAGAUGUUUGUUGACAUCGAAGGCCACACAAACAAAGCUGCUAAACUUAUAAUAAUAAAAUGUUUCCGUUUUUCAUUUUUUUAAAUUAAUUUUCGUAUAUUAAAUGUUCGAAAUAACGUGAGAAUGUCAGAGAACCAUAACGCCGAUGGCCAGGUCCCGGUAGAAACGUUUAAAUGUUCCCACUGUAACUUUUACACCAACCACGAAUAUUACCUGGAGCAGCAUAAUAGUCUAAAUCACAGUUUGCAGAUACUGGUGGAGCACCAGAAGCGAAACACACCAUCUUACGACCACCAGGCCUACCGGAAACCUCAGAAUAGCAGUAUAAAAGACUCAAUACCCAUUAUAAUGCAGUGCUCACAAUGUAAUUUUGAAACAGACAUGGAAAGCUGUUAUAAAGAACAUUUAUCAACUCAUACACAGUUCUCAAUAAAUGCUUACAGAGAGGGUUUUGAUAUUAAUGAGGAUAGCUAUAGUAAGCUGUACAUUUUAGGGCAGGCAGACCACUUCAACUCUAAGGCGGAAACAUUCGAUAGACAACAUGUAAACAGUAUUAGGGCCCAAGAUUUGACCAUUCCCACUAUACCCAUUCUUAAUGUAGCAGUUCUUAAAUGCCCAGUAAACUAUUGUACCUUUGAGACUACUGAUUCAGAAAUGUGGGGGCAACACAAGUUAACUCAUAACAUUCAGAUUGGUGCUCCAGAUCUUUUGAAGUGUUCAGAAUGUAUGUUUGUGACAACUCAAGAAGCAACUAUGAACAUUCACAUAGAACAGCACGAAAAGUCAGGAGAAAUUGUUAAAGAGGAACCUACAAUAUUAAUACCAAAAUUAAAUCCAUCCAUUCCUCCAGAUGUAUUUCGGUGUAACAAUUGCGACUAUGAAACAAACUUGAAGGCCUUCAUAAAACGUCAUAUGUUAAUACACACGGUAAAGAUAGAAGAAAAACCCAUCGCAGAAACCUUGAAAUGUUCCCAAUGUCACUUUCAAACAGAUCAUGAAAAAUUCCUUAAAAGGCACCAGCUGAGCCACAAGGAGAGCAAAUCCUAUAAGUGUCAAAAGUGUAAAUUUGAAACACUGUACAAAGUCAUGUUUGCAAAACAUAUACAGGCCCAUAAUAAGGCAAAGAAGAUUAAAGACAAAGGGAAACAAGACAAAAAUAUUUUGAAUGAAAUUAAAAAAGAAGAGGCUCCGGGUAGCUGUAUUAAAUGUCCAGAAUGCAGCUAUGAGGCAGCUUCAAGGGAGCAACUGGAAAUUCAUAAAAAAAUCAGGCAUUCUACUAACGAUAGUAACGGGAUUAAUUUGCAUAAAUGCGCUUAUUGUAAAUAUCAGACCAAUUGGGAGCCGUGUUUGAAGAGACAUAUAGAUAGGGAACAUCCGGAUGGGAAGCCCGUUAAAGUUAAGAAAGAGAAAAUUGAGGAUCCUCCUGACAUACCAGAUUUCGUUUCUGUUGAUUCGAAAUUCGAGACUAAAACUGAUUUAUAUAGAUGCCAUGACUGUGAUUUUACUAGCAAAAGUAAACAUUAUCUUGUUUUGCACCUUAAACGGUCGCAUUUAAAGUUCGAAAAACCGGACAAAACAAGAAUAGGAAAAUCCGAGAAAAAAUCGAAAUGUUAUGAGUGCAAGUUCAGAAAUUGCAUCUUCCAGACGAAAAUCAAAAGUAACUACGUACACCACCUGAGGAAGCAUCAAGAACAAAACCCGCAACGGGUGAUGUUUCAUUUUUGCGAUCAUUGCGAUUUUAUUGGGAAAAGUGAGGAGAGUUUGGACGGGCAUCGGCAGAGGGCGCAUUUAAAUCAUGAAAAGCAAGUCUACAGAUGUAAUCAGUGCGACUUUAAAACCAUUUUCAAAUACAGCCUUAAAACCCAUUCGAUCAAGCAUAAAAAGUAUUCUUGCAACGUGUGUGAUGAGGACCUCGAAUCGGCCUACGCGCUGGUAAAACAUCGGAAAAUGCAUACAUCGAACCCGAAAAAUCGGAUAUAUUUAUGCGACGUAUGUGGUUUUCAAAGCAAAAACGACCGCUCGCUAAAAAUGCACAAAAAAACGCACAACCCGGAGUUUAAAUGUCCCGAUUGUCCGUUCCAGACCCACAGCAAAGUAAAUUUCCAAAACCACUGUAUAAACCACAAAAACGCCGACGAAGUGACAAUGUUUCCGUGCCCGCACUGUUCCUAUCAAUCGCGACUGAAGCGGAAUUUAGCGUGGCACAUGAAGAGACACGCGGAUCCAUCGAAAGCGCAGAUCUUCCGAUGUCCAUCGUGCGAUUAUCAAACGUUUACGAACGCGCAACUUAAGUCUCACUUGAUGGUGCAUAAAAGUAAGGAGGAGGUGGUGAUGCUCAAGUGUGAUUUUUGCACCUUCGAGACGAAGAGGAAGUCUAAUAUGGUGCAGCAUAGGCUACGUCACCUUAAGGAUUCUCCCGAUGUGCCUCUACUCUCCUGUCCAGAUUGCAACUACACGACCGUAGCGAAGCGACAUCUAAACAAACAUCGGAAAACGCACAACGUGAACCCGGAUAAGAUGUUCCAGUGCACCUACUGCUCUUACAAAAUCCACCGAAAAGUUUAUCUGAUGCGUCACAUGGAGAAUCAUCGGGUGGUAGAGAAUUACGGAGAAGAUCAGUGGCCCAGAUAUAGUUACCCUCCACCGCAACCGCAGGGAAGCAUCACUGGAGUCACCGUUGUGCCGAAUAUGGGUCAGAAUUUGGGUCACGGCGGUGGAUUUUGAAAGACGGAUGAAAGUGAAUGGUAAAUAAUUUUUCUAUUUGAAAAUUAAACACAUUAGAAUCAGCCGUUGGUGAUCUGCACAAUACAGGGUGUCCUAAAAGUAGACGUCCAAACGAAAGGAGGCAAUAGACGAAGACAUUUGUAUUCUGAGAACAUUGCAAGGGCCUAUGAGCAGUUAUUUGUUUGCAACAUCUCUGAUGCAAUGCUACCAAAUGCUUAUGUAAAAAUGGCAAAAAAAACACCCUUUAUAAUAUCAUAAAAAUUUGUCACUUAUUUUGACAGACUCAAAACCAUACUAUUUUGUUUUUUUUUAUUAAAUAUGAUAAAAUACUCUAGAAGGAUGUCAUCAUUUAAAGUUAAAUAAAUGUAAAUAACGUAUAUUAGACAACAUCGCAACGCCGCUCGAUCGCAUUGUUGAUUCCACCGAUACAAGUAAUAUUUAACAGUGACGUCGUCAAAAAAUAUUUACAUAAUAAAUAUUUAUUAACUGAUUAUGCUUUAAAUUAUAAAGAAUAUUACCGUUUAUGAACUCUUUAUGCGUCUUUUGAACGUUCUUCAUUAGAGUGAAGGUGAUGAAUAAAAAUGGCAUAUUAAAAUACAUGUGAAUGUAUUUUAAUAAAUCCAAGUUUUGUCCCAUUCACAUGUAUUUUAAUAUGCCAUUUUAAUUCGUUUGUCUGAGGCACUAGAACUAUAGGAUGAAUUGACAGAACUUCAUAAUUGUUAUCUCUGAUGAUAGAAAUGUCCGAAAUAUGUUGGAUUAAUGCUUUUAAAUAAAUUUAUUGGAGGAUGGCCUGGAUACUUUCAGUUAACCAUUGAUUUAUUAACUCCAUUGCAAGAAUGGACUACUUCUUCAAGUGAAACAUUCUUGUUGUUUACUAAUUCUAGCCUUUCAAUGUUCUAAGUUGGCAAUAAAACAAACCGUAUAUAUUAUUAUCCGAUUGUUGAUGGUUUAAAAGUUAUCACCGUUUUUGUGUUUUUUAUAAAAAUAGUGUAAUUCAUUCUGUAAAAAAAAUUAUAAAAAGACUAUCCUCAGGUAUUUGCUUGAUAUUUUUUACGAUUAUUUCCUUGAAACGUGUAUUUUUUCAUAAGUACUAUUUGCAUGAAUAAUUGCUCCUUUCACUACUUAGAAAAUGAUAAUUGAUCAAUGUGUUUAAGUUUUACAUACAAAUUGAUGCUGGAUUUGAUGUUUGAAUUGAUGCUGCUAUAAAGAACAUGUACGAUCAAAAAUUAACAUCUAUCAGAAAAAAUAAUCUUAUUUAAUUCCGAUUCUCAUAAGGUCAAAGACUUUAUAAUAAGAAAAAUAAACAUACUUUGUCAAAUAAUUUGUAAAAAUGAUUAAAGAAAUGUUGCAUGGUAAUAAACGACACCCUCAAGUGUGGAAUAACGAAAGUUUAAAAAAACAGGGAUUUUUAAUAUACACAAGUUACAUUAUUGGGACUAUGUUAAUCCUAAACAGUGAGAAACGAUCGUUCUCAGCGUCACUUUUCAGUCAAUCUAUGAGCUAAUUAAUUGGACCAUUCAAGCUAUUAAGAAGACUUAACGGGUAGGAUUAUUUACAUUUUUUUCAACAUAACUUGAACGAUUUUCUUAAAGACGUAUCUCUAGCAACACGCGAAGACAUGUGGCUGCAACACGAUAAAGGAAGCUCCUUCUCACUCUACCCGAAUCGUAAGGCAACAUAUCGAUGCUACUUUAAAUAAUCGAUGGAUAGGAAGGGGAGGAGUCAUGCAAUGGCCGCCGCGCUCGCCUGAUCUGAACCCCAUUGACAUGGUGGUAUUUAGCCACAAAAGAGACAAAUUGUAAUUAACGCCAAAAGGCGGGAAAUUCAAUGAGCACUUAGCUAUAGCUACAAGAUGGAGCAAAUUAGUGCAAAAAAAUUGCCUAUAUUGUAGCAAAGCAUUCAAUAAAUUCGUUUUGAAUGGAUAUAUCCAAAUUAAAAUAUUAUUUUUAAAAACAGGUAACCCUAUCUUAAUAAAUGUAUUUUUUUGAGAUACCUUACACUGAUUCUAAAGUGUAUAAUUUUCUCAGAGUGUCAGAAAUAAAUUCCUCACCUGUACAUAAAUAAAGUAUUAUUUUUAUACACUUUGUAUAUAAUAGUUUGUAAGCUUUACAUGACAUUUAUUAGCAAUAUUUAUAGCAAAUUUUAUAGCAAUAUUGCCAAAAAUAUCCCUAAACCGAGUACAUUCUGUGCAGAUUUUUGGCAAUACAAAUUUUAUUUACAUCACAUAAAUAGAUUAAGAGUGUUUGUGUUUUAUGUGCAAUCCACGUUUUUUUUUGUAUACAACAUGUUAUUUAUGGCAGCCAUUUUUUGUAUUUUAA